AUGAAGGCCAAAGCCUCGAGCGACGUCAAGUCCGUGCUGGAGCUCGCCGAGUCGAGCGAGUGGAGCGCGCUCGACCGCCUCGUGACCGCCGCGCCCGAGCACGCAGACGACAUGGACGACUUUGGCAUGAUGCCGCUGCACUGGGCGUGCACGGACACGCACGUGCCGCUGCGCGUGGUCAAGAAGCUCGUGGACGUGGCGCCCGCAGCGCUCAGCCACAAGAACAAGGGCGGGCUCUUGCCGCUGCACAUUGCCGUCAAAGCUGCCACGCGGCUCGAAGUGCUGCGGGCACUGGUACAGGCUGCGCCCGACGUGGCCGCGUGUCUGUUCGAAGAGACGCCCACGGGCGAGACGCCGGCCGAACUGGCUCGAACGUACCAGCUCACGGACGACAAGGUGCAGUUUUUCAUCGACAUGGAGGCGCACCUGCGCGCCGAAGGCAAAGCGCCGGACCGCCCAAGCGCUCGGUUUCAGGCGUUUUUGAACCAGCCGGGCGGGUUGUUCCAGCUGCCGUCGUCGUCCGCAGACGAGACAGCGAGUGUCAGUAGCUUUCGCAGCCUUCCCGCUGGGCUCCGGAACAGCAACACGAGCAGUAGGGAAGGGGGUGGCGGACUCGACGAUGAUUGGACGCAUAGCAACUCUACUGCUGCAGCUGCUGCUGGUCGCGGCGCGGCUUCCCGCCUGCCCGAUGGACUUGCAGGGAUCCCGUUGCCGCCGCGGUGGCGACUGGACAAGCGGUGCAACAUUUGUCAGCUCAAGUUCAGUUACUUCAAGACGCGUCACCACUGCCGCUCGUGUGGCGAGUCCGUGUGCAGCACGCACUCGAACAAGCGCCUGCCGCUGCAUCACUUGGGCCUCAAGGCACCCCAGCGCGUGUGUAUUCUGUGCUACGACGAUUUGCGGGAGAAUGGCGCGCCUUCGGCCGUCGUGAACAUGUACGGCCAUGGACGGCAUAAUGGCUUGCCAUCGAUGGAGUCCAACAUGAUGGAACAGGAGUUUGGACCCCUGCUGGACCACCAGAAAGCUUCGAGACGACCGCCUUUGCGGUCGGUCAAUAGUACGGUGUCGCUGACGAAUACGUCGUCCAGUAGCCGCGACUCGGCGUUUCGGAGCCCGUCCGAUGGCGAGUGCUACCCUCGCACUUCCAACAGCACGUUUGCGACUCAGCACGUGACGUAUCCGGACGACAGAAGCUCGACGGGCACGAGCAACAAUGACCAUGACCCGACCUUGACGACUGCUUUGCCGUUCGAAGACGAUGCGUCGCAGGGUCGAGUGCGUGCUUGGACGGACGUGGACUCGAAUGAGAAGUAUCAAGAUAUGCAGGAACAAGUGCGCGAGCUAGAGUCCCACGUGCAGGAGCUGACGCUGGCAAAAUCUCGCAUGGAAAAGAAGCUCGAAAAUGCAACUCGCAUGGCUGCUGAAGCGAAGAAGGAGCGUGGCGUAGUGGAGGGAAGCAUGGCCGAGCUUCGCGACAAUCGGACUUACGACAUCAAUCGCAUCUCGUGUGGCGAAGAUGAAGGAGUGGACGAGGAUCACGACCACGACACGGAGCACCAGGACGAUUGUGAUAGCGUUCAAGACGUCGAUUGUCGGGUUUUGGCUCAGGACGAAAGGAAGAUCGAGCUGAUUGAGGACAAGGCAGUGGAUGUUGCCGAGACAUGCAAUUAUCUGGGAAAAGUGUACCUCGAUCGCGGCGACUUCACCAGUGCUGUCGCCGAGUUUCGCAAGUCCGUUGCGAGUAACCGUAAAAACGUGGAUGUGUGGAUCAACCUGGCGCGUGCGCUCCAUGGCGCUGGCGAGUUUUACGAUGCGGAGAUUGCUGUCCGGCGCGCACUGGCGCUUGCUCCUAAGAACUACGCACCGCUAUCGAUGCUCGGCAGGAUCUUGCACUCGAAGGGCGACCACGACAGCGCCGUGCACGUGUUCCGCGAGGCGUUGGGUUUGAUGAAUCACGAAGAGGAUUCGGACGACGACGUUGGUUCGAUGACUGUUGGGUGGUAA